UUUCCCCAAACCCUGAGGGGACUCAGAGUCUCGGCCGGCGCCUCGGCCGCCACGUCGUCCUCCUUUUCGGGUCUAUCCCGCGCCCUCCCGGAGACCCGGCCUCCGGUCGCGCGGGUCUAGCCGCCAGGCCCUUGCCGAGGACAGGCCAGGUGGCCGAGAAGAAAGCACGUGCUUGAGCAGUGGUCUGGGCCAGGGGUCCGCCUGUCGUCGCCGCGCCGCGCCAGGGUCCUGAGGGGAGGCCCCUCCCUCAGUGUCCCCCGGACUCCGGCCUUCUGUGAACCACUGGCCCCGCGCUGGCUGGCGUGGUUCUGGGCCGUCACGUGUGGAGGGAGGGUGCGUCUUCCCCGCCGCGUCCCCGGCCCGAGGAGGAGAGGACUCCGCAGCAUGUCCCCCGCGCUCCACGACCUGACGCCAUCCGCAGGAAUGAAGAAGACCCUGCAGGAUGAGAUUGACACCAUCCUGCGGGAGAGGAUUAUGGUGCUUGAUGGAGGGAUGGGGACCAUGAUCCAGCGGCACAAGCUGAGUGAAGAUGACUUCCGAGGACAAGAAUUUAAAGAUCACGCCAGGCCCCUGAAAGGCAACAAUGACAUUUUAAGUAUAACUCAGCCCGAUGUCAUUUACCAAAUCCAUAAGGAUUACUUGCUGGCUGGGGCAGAUAUCAUUGAAACAAAUACUUUUAGCAGCACUGCUAUUGCCCAAGCUGACUAUGGCCUCGAACACUUGGCCUACAGGAUGAACAAGUGCUCUGCGGGAGUGGCCAGAAAAGCAGCUGAGGAGAUAACUCUCCAGACAGGAAUUAAGAGGUAUGUGGCAGGAGCUCUGGGUCCAACUAACAAGACACUCUCUGUGUCCCCAUCUGUGGAAAGACCAGAUUACAGGAACAUCACAUUUGAUGAACUCGUUGAAGCAUACAAAGAGCAGGCCAAAGGGCUUCUGGAUGGUGGGGUUGAUAUCUUACUCAUUGAAACUAUUUUUGAUACUGCCAAUGCCAAGGCAGCCUUGUUUGCAGUCCACAAACUUUUUGAAGAGGAGUAUGCUCCCCGGCCUAUCCUUAUUUCAGGGACAAUUGUUGAUAAAAGUGGGCGGACUCUCUCUGGCCAGACCGGGGAGGCGUUUGUCAUCAGCGUGUCUCAUGCAGACCCACUCUGCAUUGGAUUAAAUUGUGCUCUGGGUGCAGCUGAAAUGAGACCUUUUAUUGAAACAAUUGGAAAAUGUACAACAGCCUAUGUCCUCUGUUAUCCCAACGCAGGUCUUCCCAAUACCUUCGGUGAAUAUGAUGAAACUCCGCACGUAAUGGCCAUGCACUUAAAGGAUUUUGCUAUGGACGGCUUGGUCAAUAUAGUUGGCGGGUGCUGUGGUACGACACCAGAUCAUAUCAGAGAAAUUGCUGAAGCUGUGAAAAACUGUAAGCCUAGAGUUCCACCUGCCACUGUUUUCGAAGGGCAUAUGCUACUGUCUGGUCUAGAGCCCUUCAGGAUCGGCCCUCACACCAACUUUGUUAACAUUGGAGAGCGCUGUAACGUUGCAGGAUCCAGGAAGUUUGCUAAACUCAUCAUGACAGGAAAUUAUGAAGAAGCUCUGAGCGUUGCCAAAAUGCAGGUGGAAAUGGGAGCCCAGGUGUUGGAUAUCAACAUGGAUGAUGGCAUGUUGGAUGGACCAAGUGCAAUGACCAGAUUCUGCAACUUCGUCGCUUCCGAGCCUGACAUUGCCAAGGUGCCCUUGUGCAUCGACUCUUCCAAUUUUGCUGUGAUUGAAGCUGGGUUAAAGUGCUGCCAGGGGAAGUGCAUUGUUAACAGCAUCAGCCUGAAGGAGGGAGAGGAUGACUUCUUGGAGAAGGCCAGAAAGAUUAAAAAGUUUGGAGCUGCUGUGGUCGUUAUGGCUUUUGAUGAAGAAGGACAGGCAACAGAAACAGACACCAAAAUCAGAGUGUGCACCCGGGCCUACCAUCUCCUUUUGAAAAAACUGGCCUUCAAUCCAAAUGACAUCAUCUUUGACCCUAAUAUCCUCACCAUUGGUACUGGGAUGGAAGAACACAACUUGUAUGCUGUUAAUUUUAUCAAUGCAACAAAAGUCAUUAAAGAAACGUUACCUGGAGCCAAAGUAAGUGGAGGUCUUUCCAACUUGUCCUUUUCAUUCCGAGGAAUGGAAGCCAUUCGAGAAGCAAUGCAUGGGGUUUUCCUUUACCAUGCAAUCAAGUUUGGUAUGGACAUGGGGAUAGUGAAUGCUGGAAACCUUCCUGUGUAUGAUGACAUCCACAAGGAACUUCUACAGCUCUGUGAGGACCUCAUCUGGAACAGAGACCCUGAGGCCACCGAGAAGCUCUUACACUACGCCCAGACUCAGGGCAAAGGAGGGAAGAAAGUCAUCCAGACUGAUGAGUGGAGGAAUGGCCCCAUCGAAGAACGCCUUGCAUAUGCUCUUGUGAAGGGCAUUGAAAAAUACAUUAUUGAGGAUACUGAGGAAGCCAGAUUAAACCAGGAAAAAUAUCCCCGACCUCUGAAUAUCAUUGAAGGGCCACUGAUGAGUGGCAUGAAAAUUGUUGGUGAUCUUUUUGGAGCUGGAAAAAUGUUUCUACCUCAGGUUAUAAAGUCAGCUCGGGUCAUGAAGAAAGCCGUGGGUCACCUUAUUCCCUUCAUGGAAAAAGAGAGAGAAGAAACCAAAGUGCUUCCCGGCACGAUAGAAGACAAGGACCCUUACCAAGGUACCAUUGUGCUGGCUACCGUGAAAGGCGAUGUGCACGACAUUGGCAAGAACAUAGUUGGAGUAGUCCUUGGCUGCAAUAAUUUCAGAGUUAUUGACUUAGGAGUCAUGACUCCAUGUGACAAGAUACUGAAAGCUGCUCUCGACCACAAAGCAGAUAUAAUUGGCCUGUCAGGACUAAUCACUCCUUCCCUGGAUGAAAUGAUUUUCGUUGCUAAGGAAAUGGAGAGAUUAGCUAUAAAGAUUCCGUUGUUGAUUGGAGGAGCUACCACUUCGAGGUAAGUCAUGCUACUGAGCUUUG